GGGGCGGAUGGUUGGGAGAGGCUCAGGACACACACACUUACACUGAGUUUCUGAACAGAUAUUGGCUGAGCAGCUCCCAUGCUUCUAGCAGAGAGCCAAGCAAGCUGUCCUAGAUAGAAGUGUUUACAAGGUUGCAUUUAGUAACCCAGGUGCCUGUCCAUCUGCUGGCUGAGGAGGGAGGCGACUGCCCUGUAGAUGGCAGGGCACCUUUACUCUAUCUAGAUUGUAACAGGAGAUCCAGACGCGCCCCCCUUCCAGCCCACAGUUAAGCAUCAGGAACCAUGUCUCAGGCUGCUAAGGCUGUGGCUACCAUGGCGGUGAACCCCGGGCCUGAUGGCAAGGGGAAGGGGGGCCCAACCACAGGGUCAGCCCCAGCCCCUGGCCUGGCCCCUGGCCCAGCUUCUGUGCCCAGGCCCAGCACCAAAACAGGGGACCUGCCUCCUGGGAGCUAUAAGCUGGUCGUCUUCGAGCAGGAAAACUUUCAGGGCCGUCGGGUUGAAUUCUCCGGGGAGUGCCUGAACCUGGGGGAUCGUGGUUUUGACCGAGUGCGCAGCCUGAUCGUCAUCUCAGGACCCUGGGUGGCCUUUGAGCAAUCUGCCUUCCGUGGGGAGAUGUUUGUCCUGGAGAAGGGUGAGUACCCCCGCUGGGACACCUGGAGCAGCAGUUAUCGCAGUGACCGGCUCAUGUCCUUCCGGCCCAUCAGGAUGGACUCCCAGGAGCACAAGAUCUGCCUGUUUGAAGGAGCCAACUUCAAGGGCAACACCAUGGAGAUCCAAGAGGAUGACGUGCCCAGCCUCUGGGUAUAUGGCUUCUGUGACCGUGUGGGCAGCGUGACCGUCUCCGGUGGCACAUGGGUCGGCUACCAGUACCCAGGCUACCGCGGCUAUCAGUAUCUGCUGGAGCCUGGCGACUUCCGACACUGGAAUGAGUGGGGUGCCUUUCAGCCACAGAUGCAGGCUGUGCGUCGCUUGCGUGACCACCAGUGGCAUCAUGAGGGCUGUUUCCCGGUGCUGACCGCAGAGCCUCCCAAGUGAGCCAAGCUGCACCCCUCCCCGCUGCAGACCUCUCUGCCUCAAACUGUCCCAUCUCCCCCUGCUAAUAAAAGGUUCCUACAGCCAAAAUACCCUUGGGUCUGUGA